CAAGAAACCAUGUCGGCCUCGUCGCGCGAUACAAACCAUUUGAAUCGGCAGGCAUGGGAGUCGGCUGAGUUCCCCAUUGUCUGUGAGACAUGCCUGGGUCCCAAUCCCUAUGUUCGCAUGACCAAGGAAGCUUUUGGCUCGGCUUGCAAAGUGUGUGAACGUCCCUUUACCGUCUUUAGGUGGCAACCAGGCAAAGGCUCGCGCUUCAAAAAGACAGAGUUGUGUCAGACGUGUGCCAAGAUCAAAAACGUUUGCCAGACCUGCGUCCUGGAUCUCGAAUAUGGCGUUCCUGUCCAACUGCGUGAUCGUCUGCUGGGUCAGGAACAGGCCCUGCCCGAGUCAGCCGUGAACAAGGAGUACUACAUUCAGAACCAAGAGGCAAAGUUUGCACAGAUUGAGGGACACAAUGCCUUUAACCAGUCGUCAGCGUUGGCCAUCACGGGUGGUGGGGAUGCAGCAGGAGGUCCCGCAGGCGGCAAGCUGGCAGCUGGGCGGGCCAUCCUUGAGCGCCUCAAGGCGCGCGGGCCUUACUACAAACGCAACGAAGCCCGGAUUUGCUCGUUCUGGGUCAAGGGCCAAUGCACGCGCGGUGACACCUGUCCUUUCCGACACGAGAUGCCCACGGACCCGAAGAAUCCUUUGGCCAAGCAGAACCUCAUGGGUCGCUACCACGGCACGGAGGAUCCCGUCGCAGAGAAGUAUCUCAAGAAGAUUCAAUCACGGCCCAAGGCCGAGGCUCCCGCCGAUACCAGCAUUACGACGUUGUACAUUGGCGGCGUACGGCCAGACCUGAACAUUACAGCCGAUGACCUCCGUGAUUACUUUGAAAAGCACAGCCAGGUGGCUGCUGUUCGAUUGGCCCCCAAGCAAUCCGCGGCCUUUGUCGAGUUUGCCACGCGCGAGGGUGCCGAGCAAGCCAUGGAAAUUGCGGCCGUCAACUGCAUCAUCAAGGGGGAGCCACUGCGUGUGAUGUGGGGCAAGGCCCGUAGCAACAACAACAGCGGUGGGCGCGGCGGCGCAGCACCCUCGGUCGCCGUACCGGCUCUACCGGGCUUUGGUUUGCCGCCCGGGUUUGGCAUGGCCCCGCCCCCAGGAGCGCCUGGGGCGGGCGCGCUUCCCCCGGGCCUUGGUCUUGCUCCGCCUCCCGGCAUGGUCGGAGGUCGUCCCGGCAUGGCUUACCCAUCCAUGGACCCGUCCCGCAUGGGUGCCAAGGCUCCUGCCAAGGCACCCACCAGCUAGAGCUGUUGUUUGUCGUUUUCUCGUUUGACACUCUUUUCUCCUUGCUGGUCUGCAGAAGAGGGGG